AUUUGUGCGCCAGCGGCUCUGGCAGGACGGUAGUGUGCAGGUAUGAGCGGCUGGCCGCCGUGCGGCAGCAGGGGGCAUGCACACAGCGCGAGGAAUCAGAACGAGCAGCUUUGCAUGGUCGCUCGCUGAGGCGAGCCUCGCUGUGACCGCGGUGCGUUCAGGUCCAUGUCUCCGGCGGGACGGCCUCUGGCUUUUUUUCUGGGGAGCAUCAGAUCGGAGCAUAUUGUGUGCAGGACGCUGUUCCUCCUGCAGCCCCCCCCAGUCUAUCCCGACGUAGCUGUGGACUGAACAUGGCGACCGUACCAGUGUACUGCGUCUGCAGAUUGCCUUACGACGUGACCCAGUUCAUGAUCGAGUGCGACGCCUGCAAGGACUGGUUCCACGGCAGCUGUGUUGGAGUGGAUGAAGAUGAUGCUCCAGAUAUCGACAUCUAUCACUGCCCAAACUGUGAGAAGAUCCACGGCAAGUCCACAUUGAAAAAGAAAAAAAACUGGAGCAAAUAUGACACUGGGCAAACCACAGACAUGAGAGCUGUGCAGAACGGCAGUCAGGUCUUCAUCAAGGAGCUCCGCAGCAGAACCUUUCCAAGUGCUGACGACAUUGUGGUGAAACUCAGCGGCAGUCAGCUGACCAUGGACUACCUGGAGGAAAAUGGCUUCAACGACCCAAUCCUGGUUCAGAAGAAGGACGGUUUGUGCAUGUCCAUGCCUGCUCCGACCUUCUACAUCAGUGAUGUGGAAAACUAUAUCGGUCCUGACGACAGCGUCGAUGUGGUCGAUGUUACCAAACAGACCGACAGCAAGAUGAAGCUGAAGGAGUUUGUGGACUAUUACUACAGCACCAACAGAAAGAAGGUGUUGAACGUCAUCAACCUGGAGUUCUCAGACACAAGGAUGAGCUCUAUAGUGGAGAGUCCUCAGAUUGUGCGACGGUUGUCUUGGGUAGAGAACUACUGGCCUGACGACGCACUGCUUGGAAAGCCAAAAGUCACAAAGUAUUGUCUGAUCUGCGUGAAAGACAGCUACACAGACUUUCACAUCGAGUGUGGAGGAGCGUCCGUCUGGUACCACAUUCUGAAGGGGGAAAAGAUCUUCUUCCUCAUCAAGCCCACCUCAGCCAACCUGUCUCUGUAUGAGCGCUGGAGAUCGUCGUCCAAUCACAGCGAGAUGUUCUUUGCUGACCAGGUGGAUAAGUGCUACAAAUGUACCCUGAAGCAAGGCCAGACCCUGUUCAUCCCAUCAGGAUGGAUUAAUGCAAUACUUACUCCAGUUGACUGCCUGGCCUUUUCUGGACACUUCGUGCACAACCUGAGCGUGGAGAUGCAGAUGAGAGUGUAUGAAAUAGAAAAGCGAACGAAGGUCAAGACUUUGACCCCUUUCCCCAACUUUGAGACAGCCUGCUGGUACGUGGGACGGCACUUUCUUGAGCGCUUCAGAAGUUUACAUCGAGCCAAUAAGCAGCCAGCUGCAUACCUGAUACAUGGUGCCAAGAUAAUCAAUGGAGCCUUCAGAGCUUGGACUAAAAAACAGGCCCUGCUGGAGCAUGAAGAUGAGCUUCCAGAGAACAUGAAACCAUCGCAGCUCAUUAAGGAUCUGGCCAAAGAGAUCAGACUUUCAGAGAAUGCAACAAAAGCCUUUAAAAGUGAACCCAGCAUCAAGGUUCCGGCAGAAGAACCACUGUCCAUUCACUCAAAACUGGAGGAGCCCGUUUCCCCAGAAAACAUUCCAUCACCCAGCAGAGAAAUGUCCAGGAAGAAAAUCUCCAAGUCCCCCAAAAUGCCCAAGCCUCCAAAGGUACCCAAAGUCAAAGAGAGAGAAAAGAAAAUUGCAACAAAACCCAAGGAAUUAUCACCACCUCGAAAACCUUCUAGCUUUGCAGCUCUCGAGUCCCAUGCAAAAGACAUCUUGAGUAAAAUGGAGCAGCCAAAAAAGACAAAGGCCGUUAAAAACGUCACAAGUUUACCAGAGAAGGAAAUAUCGAAGCAGAACAACACGGGCAAGUUUGAAAUGAGAGAACAGAAUAAAAAUAAGAACGAAGCAAAGUGGAAGUAUAAGAACAGUAAACCAGAUUCCUUGCUGAAAAUGGAAGAGGAGUGUAAAUUUGACAGAACGUCCCUGUCAGGCAACAAAGACAGAUUCAGCUUCAUUAUGUCUCAUGGGAAAAUGUCCAGCUCCAAGAUCCUAAAACCUCAGACAAAUUCAAGUAUUUUUGGAUCAUUGCAAAACGUAAAGGAUGAUAAAGCCAAGCCUGUGAGAGAUGAGUAUGAGUAUGUCUCGGAUGAAGGAGAGCUGAAGAUUGAUGAAUUCCCCAUCAGGCGGCAAAAGAACACUAUCAAGAGAGAUCUGUCCUUUUCAACAGAAAUAAGGGAACCUCUUCAGCCUUCCAAAAAACCCAAGUUCCAACCCUUGGUGACCAAGAGCAUGGACUCCUCAGAUGAAGAGACUUUGCACAUAGACACUGAGGCCAAGACUGAGACCAAAAGUCGUAACGCGAAAGUGAAGAAAAAGAACAGCAAAACUGCUGCGGGGAUUCUGGACCUGCUGCAGGCCAGCAAGCAGGUGGGGGGGAUCGACUACAGCACCGACAGUCAGCCGCCUGCAUCUCCCAGCACACAAGAGGCCAUUCAGGGCAUGCUGUCCAUGGCAAACCUGUCAUCUUCAGAGAGCCUACAACAGUCAUGGAGCAACAAUCAGUCCAAAAACAACAGCCAAUCAAAGAACGGCUCACAGGCCUGCAAAAAGUCCAGCGGAGGAACGAGCAGCAGCAGUAGGCGGCCGACAAAACGUCUCCCAAAGAAGCCCAAGAAAAGCAGCAGCAUGGAGAGUCUAGAUUACGACGAUGAGCAGGAUCACAUGGACGCCUGUUUCAAGGACUCAGAUUAUGUUUAUCCUUCUUUGGAGUCUGAAGAGGACAAUCCUGUUUUCAAAUCUAGAUCGAAGAAACGGAAAAGCAGCGACGACACACCGUACAGCCCCACAGCUCGUGUUGGACCUUCAGUUCCUCGACAGGAGCGGCCGGCACGGGACGGGGCCCGCGUGGCCUCCAUAGAAACAGGCCUAGCUGCUGCAGCAGCUAAACUUUCUCACCAGGAGGAGCAGCAGAAAACUAAGAAGAAAAAGAAAAGCACCAAAAAGAAAGCAAUAGUGACAGUGGAGCCAUCAAAAAUCUCUCAGGACAGCAGCUCACCGGAUGUGGACUCCCAGGAUGGCAGUCUGACAGACAAUGAGGUCAACACAGGAACUGUUAAGUCUCCAGGAGGACCACGGGCAAUGGCACCGGGGAUCUUCCUCAGCCAGAAGCGUCCAUCCAUGUCCUCUUCCAACAACAGCACUAACUCCUUAAGCACUAACAACAGCAGCAUGACCAAGGGGGACCGCAUGGGGUCAGCAGAUGCCAAAGCCAAGCGGCUAAAGAAAGGCAUGGCAACAGCUAAACAGAGACUCGGCAAGAUCUUAAAGAUCCAUCGAAACGGGAAGCUGCUCUUGUAGCCUCAGACUGUGGAGGGACGGGAACUUCUGGACACCCUCCCCCCACCCCCAAAAACCAGAGCCACUGAGAAACAGCAACAAUGAGGAGGGUUCGAGACUAAAGCUGUAAUGAACUGAGCAGAAAGUCAUGCGUUAUUCAUUUUUCAAUAACAUCACCGAAAUAGGUUUUUGCCUCUACUUAGACUUUAUAACUUUCAGAUAUAAAAAUGUACAGAAGCUAUUAUAAAUAUUUUUUAAAAGAACAUGUUCAUUUUACUACAGCUGUCGUUUUAGCAGGGGUUGAUAAAAAAAGAAA